GGAGGGGGCGUCCUCGGGCUCGCUAAGCUUCGGCUCGCCUCACUUGGCCUUAGAGGGGAUGCCGACCGCUAGUCCUGGCUGCGCAGUUUAAAGCUCCGCUCUGGCCCCCGGACACUCAGUGGGUCCUACUUGGAGGCGGUUGGACGCCUUCGCCCCGGGUGACCGCUCCGAACUCGGAUUUCAGAUGCAUGCCCGGUUUCCAGUGAAUGCCAGAAGUCCAGCUCCUUCCCCAUGGAUCCUCCAAAUCCCCACGGAAGUGGCGGCGGGUCAUUCGUGGUGAUCCAGCAGCCCUGCCCCGAUAGGGAGAGCCCGAGCAGCGCCACCAUCCUGUCCCUGGACCAGAUCAAGGCCAUUCGAGGCAACAAUGAGUACACCGAAGGGCCGUCGGUGGCGCUCAAGAAGCCGGGCCCCCGGCUGGCGCCCAGGCCUGAAAAGCCCGAGAGGACUCACGAGAUCAUCCCCCUGAGCGUGAGUAACAGCGCCGCCGCCCCCACAGCCCCCGUCGCCGUCGAACAGCGCCCCCCGGGCCACUCCAGGGCCCCGGUGCUCAGCAGGUCCACCAGCACCGGCAGCGCCGCCAGCUCGGGCAGCAACAGCAGCGUGUCCUCGGAGCAGGGCCUGCUGGGCCGAUCCCCGCCCUCGCGGCCCACGGACAGGGCCAUCCGGACGCAGCCCAAGCGCGCCUCCUCCGCGGGAGGCGAUGGCGGCACCGACGACCUGAAAGGCCCAGCCAAGGGGGAUCCCGCGGCGGCGGCGGCGGCGGCCCAGCACAAGUUCAUCUGUGAGCGCUGCGGCAAGUGCAAGUGCGGCGAGUGCACGGCGCCCCGGGCGCUGCCCUCCUGCCUGGCCUGCGACCGCCAGUGCCUGUGCUCCGCCGAGAGCAUGGUGGAGUACGGCACCUGCAUGUGCCUAGUCAAGGGCCUUUUCUACCACUGCUCCAACGACGACGAGGGUGACUCGUGCGCGGACCACCCCUGCUCCUGCUCGCAGGCCCACUGCUGCUCGCGCUACCUGUGCAUGGGCACCCUGGCGCUCUGCCUGCCCUGCUUACUGUGCUACCCCCCUGCCCACGGCUGCCUCAAGCUCGGCCGCGGCUGCUACGACCGCGCCACCCGGCCCGGCUGCCGCUGCAAGAACUCCAACACUGUCUAUCGGAAGCUGGAGAGCGGCCCCUCCCGCGGGCAGGGCAAGCCCUCCUGAUGCGGGGAGGGGGCGGACUCGACUGCUGCGGGCUCCCACCUUCCACCCCUCCCCUUCCCUUCCCUCUGCUGCUGGAUUUCCUCCCUCUCCUUCCGGGGGAUGACCUUCAGGACCUAGGGAUGGAGCCCGCCUCGAACCCGAGCCUGGGGGCGGGGGGCUGAUCCCCCUCUCCUCCUCAGCGUCUGUCAGAGUGACUUGGCCGAGCCCCGCUUGGGGUGUUGGGGUUUGUUUGGUCUGUGCGUCUACUUCCGCGUGGUGGAGUGCUCAAAGGAUGAGGCAUUGCAUUUCUGGAGUAAGCUAGGGAAUGAAUGAAUUGGCGUUCCCCUUGGAGCUUUUGUCCUGGGCCUGGAAUCCUCCCGGAAGGUGUAGACUUGUCUUCAUGGUGCAUAAAGUUUCUUUUCCUCCCUCCUCCCCAUUCCUACACACACCGGGGAUUGCCAAGCGUAUCCUUUGCUCCCUCCCAGAAUUCCUGAUUUUUCUCUCCUCUGAGUACUGUCCG